AUGGACAAACGGCACUCCUCCCAAGCCCAAUGGGACCGCGCGAUCGCCGACCAAAGCCCACCCUCCGCCUCCGCCUCCGUGCAGCACUACACGACGGAGCAGCAGCCAUGCGCGCCCUGCAGACAGAGAAUGGCGCGCUUCUCCUCCGCCGCCUCUACCACCACUACUACCACCAACGACAACAACAACAUCCAAGAAACGGCAGAAGCAUUUAGCCACCUAACAGUCCGGGAAAGCAAGCAGGAACAAGCGCAGGAGAAAUUUCUCCGACAGCUGCAGAUUUUUGCGCGGGAGAAGACGGGUUCGUAUGCGGAUAUAUUCAGGGAUGCGAUUAGGGAAGAGACUAGGGGGAAGAAGAACAACAAGAAGGAAAGGAAGAAUGGAGGGAAGUAG